AGUAUAUCUUUGUUGAAAAACUUGAUGGAGUUGUGAGCAUUUGAUCUUGUGCAAUUGUUCUCUAUCUCUUAUGAUCUUGUAAGCUUGUGUUUUAUCAUGAAAAGGUAGAAUGGAUGUUAAUGUUAUAUGAUGGAGUGGUUUUUAUAUGUGUCCAGGAGAAUAUCUGAUUUGAAAGGUCCGAGCUCGAAUUUUCCUAAUUUGAAGGGCAUGGACAUGAUGAAGACUUUGAUUUUGAGAAAUUGCUUGCUUAUUGGCUCAAUUCCAGAUUACAUUGGGUAUUGGACAAGUUUAAAAACAUUAGACCUGAGCAUCAAUAGAUUGACUGGUCAAGUUCCCGACACAAUGGAGGCUGCUCUGGAUUACAUGUUCCUAACAAACAACUGCCUUACUGGAGCAGUGCCCAGUUGGGUAACAAGCAGCAAGCAUUAUCUUGACUUAUCUUACAACAAUUUCAACAGUUCUUCUCUUAUCAGUUGUCAGCAAUCACAAGUUAAUUUGGUUUCCAGUUAUUCAUCUAAAGGAAACAACUCGCUCUGGUGCAUGGAGAAGGAUCUUCCCUGCAGCGGGAAAGCCCAAUACCAUUCCUUGUUUAUCAAUUGUGGAGGAACCAAAAUGACUUUUGAGGGGAAUCAAUAUGUAGAGGACACUAGUCCGAACGGUCCAUCAAUUUUCUCCUCCUCUUCUUUUGGUUCUUCAGAAAAGUGGGCUUACAGCAGCACCGGGCUUUAUAUGGGAAAAUCCGACGCUAGUUACACAGCGAAUAACCCAUUUUUUAUGAAUGUGAACGGCUCGGAAUUUUACCAAACGGCUCGCCUUUCCCCUGGGUCGAUCAGAUACUAUGGCCUUUGCAUGAUGAAAGGAAGUUACAAAGUGCGGCUCCAUUUUGCUGAAAUUCAAUAUUCUGACGACGAAACAUUUAGCAGCCUAGGGAGACGUAUAUUCGAUGUAUCGAUACAGGGCAAUCAAGUGUUGAAGGAUUUUAAUAUUGUAGAGGAAGCGGGGGGUGUUGGGAAGGGCAUAUACAGAGAUUUUGAUAACAUUUACGUGAAUGGCGGUACUUUGGAGAUUCAUCUAUAUUGGUCAGGGAAGGGAACCACGGCCAUUCCUGAUAGAGGUGUCUAUGGACCACUUAUUUCCGCCAUUGCAGUGACAUCGAACUUUGAUGUUGGAAGUGCUGGACUAUCAGCUGGAGCAAUCACAGGAAUCGCAGUGGCUUCAGUGGUUCUCCUCAUAUUGAUAUUAUUAAUCCUUUGGCUAACAGGAUUCUUUGGCAACAAAUAAGUUAAAAGAUCCAAGUGAGAUUAUCAUAUCAACAUGUCUGCUCAAAUGUGAAUAUGUCACUCUUUGAUUCAUUGCACAAGUAUGAUGCCUAAUUCAAGAUUGUACUCAUCUAUUUUCUUCAAA